AUGUCCGAGGCCGAUUCCAAGUCCAUCUCCGACUCUAACGAGAAGAAGAUCUCCAUGGAGGAGCUCAAGCAGCACAACUCCCACGAAGAUCUCUGGCUCCUCAUCGACGGCAAGGUCUACAACGUCAGCAAGUUCCUCGACGAGCACCCGGGUGGUGACGAGGUUCUUGUCACAGAGGCCGGCAAGGACGCUACCGAGGCUUUCGAGGAUGUUGGACACUCCGAGGAUGCCCGUGCGCUCCUUGGUCCCAUGCUUGUUGGUGAAAUCGAGGGUGGCACUCAAAAGAUCAAGACCACCAGCGGUGCCGUUACCAACGAGAACAACACUAACGUCAACAGCCACCCUGUCUUCAUGUUCAUUCCUCUCAUGAUCCUCGGUGCCUACCUUGCGUACAAGUACGUUUCGUAA